GUAGAAAUUGGUGAGAAAACUAAAAAAAAGACGAGAAAAAACUUUAAAGUGAUGUUAAUUUUUAGUAGAAAAGGAUAAUACUAUUACAGUCUUUACAGAACAGAGACACCCAAAUGCAUUUAUACAAGAUUUAGCCAGGAGUGAAUAGAGAUAGUGGCCACCAUGAAAAUAGUACUAGAGAGCUUCUCCUGUAAAACCAUGGAAUUGAAAUGGGUUGUCACCACACCCAAAACCCACAAACCAAAAUCACUUUCAUUACCACAAACGUCACUUCCUAUAUUCAUAUCCACUAAACCGUCCCACGUAAACCCAGAUGAACUCCGGGGACUCUUCGGCGCUUGCAAACUCUCCACCCAUAGAUUUCCAGCCUAUGCAGACGAAUCUUGCUCCGACACCGGCCAUAUAGUCGACGUUCGGAAGCUCCGGGUGGCUCUCUCUCACAGCUCUUUUGUCGUUUCCGUCUUCUGCAAAUCUCAGGAUAUAGUUUCUGUGUCUGCUUCGGAGGAUUCUUCAUCUAUGGGUAUCGGGGAUUUUUUGCAGACGGUAAUGGAACCUGUUACUCCUCAGAAUGGCGAGUUGAUUGGGUUUGGGCGCGCCGUUUCUGAUAUGGGAUUGACUGCUUCGAUUUAUGAUGUCAUGGUUGCUCCUCCAUUACGAGGUUUGGGAAUUGGCAAGAUGAUUGUUCAAAGAAUCAUAAGAAUGCUCACAAGUUGGGACAUUUAUGACAUAGCAGCGCUUUGCUCGGAGAAUGAGAGGCAGUUCUUUGAAAAUUGCGGAUUUGGAGAUGACAUUUUGAGCUCAACUACAAUGAUGUAUACAAGGACUGUUUCAGCUAGUUCUGAAGGCAACCAUAUGACCAAACGUUUUGGUCGAAAGCUAUUGUUAGUGCCACCGCUUAAAUGUACUCUGCGUUUUCGGAACCAGUGAAGCUGAAGCUGACUGUUUAUCCUUGGGUACUACGAGAAGCAGUAAAAGAGAAUUUCACCCAGCUCACAAUGGAAAAAUAGAGUUUAAUAUUUAAGUCCUGUUUUCUUUAUCUGGGCAUUAACAAAAUAGACACUUUACAGAGAUGGUUAUAGUUAAAUAUGGCCGAAAAAAGUUGCUUACUGUAAACAUGUUUGGCCUUGUCUAUAUGUGUGGAAAGUCAAUACUCAAUAUCAUGUUCACAUUUAAAAUUGAAAA